AUGGAAUCCAAUGCUCCUUCCACUCAAGAAGACGACGAAGAAGAACAUCUUUCACAACACCAUGCUACAACAACAACAACCAUAGAUAAUCAAGAUUCUUGGAGUGAAAUUUUAGAGCUUUUCCAAUAUGAAAGCGAAGAAUCCAAUAGCAACACCACAUGCACCGAACAUGUCAUGUCGUCCACAACAUGUACGACAACGACAUCAACAACACCACUCUCAUACGAAUCGUCAUCACUAUCCACUCCAUUAUUUCUUCCAUAUUUGGCUCAGAACUUGGCCAUUUCGUUGUACAACUUUCUCAUUGAAAAUUAUCAUCCAUUGAAAAUGAUGAUACUCUCCCUGUUCAGAACAACUCCUUCUAACUCGACAGACAUGUCUCACGAUUCGAAUGUAUCUUCCCAAAACUGUCCCAACAACAACAGUUCCGUAGAGGAGGACAGUGAAGAAGAAGUCACUUCACAACAACAAUCACACAUGUCAUUACCUCAACAUGCAAAACGUUCUUCAUUCAAAAUGACCAUCUAUCAACAUCCAGAAGAGCAAAAAACUAGUUCCAUACGUUUGACAACCACACAACAAGUGAAUGCUUCAGCAGUUGGUUCAGAUGUUUUUCCUCCAAGAUCCUCAAACUAUUUGCAUGUCAUUUCUCCAGAUAUUCCAGAUGGAAUAUGUUAUGACAGAAAAUGCUUGGAUCUACAAGUUCGAUUAAAAUUACCUCAACAAGUUGUUGGAACUACAGAUACAUUGCUUCUCAAAGUAGAUCUUUAUUCAAGAAAAAGCGAUCAACUUGAGUUUAAACGGCUAGAAACACUGGUAACACACAAGAUUGUGAGAGCUCAAUUUUCAAUGCUAAACGACGAAUGCAAACUCGUUUUAGAACGACUUAAAAUUGGAUAUUCGAGCAGAUUUUAUGGAACGUUUAAAUUAGUAUAUUCAUUUAUUUGCAAAAGAAACACUAGUGGUGAAGUACAAGUGAUUUCACAGGUGGAAUCCAACACCUUCACAACAUUAAGCGCAAAAACCAUUAAGGCUCUUCCAAAGCCAUGA